CCAGAGUAUCGAGAAUAUUUUUCCAAUCCUGUAGCAUUUGGUUCAUUUGACGUGAAGUAUGGCAUGGUUUACAUCAGACGUAAAGCUUGUUUGGGAAUGUGCAGCGGUUAUCGUAGACGGAAUUGGAUCGAUAAGCAAUGUAGAGACGGAUCUAGGAUACGGUGUGCGACAUCAAUAGGCAAAAGGCUCCUCCAACGUUCGGUGAUUAUGAAACCAGCUUCCUUUCGUUCAAAAGCAUUAAACUCACUCGCGAGUCUGUGAAAAGGAUUUGACGACUAUCGUGGUAAAACAAAUCUUACAUUGUGCAAUCGCACUUGGUACGCAAAACGAGAACGGGCUGGCUAUCGGUUGGCAGCGAGGGCGGUGGUUCGCACCGCCACGGUUAGGACAGAUGAGCAUGAACAAAGUUCUUCUGGUGUUUAUCGUGGCCAGUGGCUUCCUGUUAUUUAUCUAUGCCAACAGUAGCAUUUUCAGUCGCCGUAUCCUGCCGAAGGAAACCGGCAGUUCAAGAACGGCUCACAUGAGUGGGAUAGUGGCUUCAGCUCUAGUACAUCAAAAUCACCACACCUUUACACAAAACGGCACUGUGAGCAAUGAGGCAGGAAGCGAAACAUCCGCAAACCGCUUAAAACGAGUGAAAUACAUUUCUAAAGGGCUAAACGAAACGGAGUACAACGUCUUCAUCAUCUAUACAAAGGAAAGCCAAAAUCGUAUUCUCCACAGUCAGCUUGAAUUGUUUCUUCGUAGUUUACUCAAAUACAGUACCAUCGAAUUGCAUCUGCACAUCAUCACCGACGAGCAGAGUGAACAAUCGGCCGAAGAGCUGAUCAAGCAGCAAAUUGAACGAUUUCACCGGACGGCAUUUUACACGCUCUAUGACGUACGCGACUGUGCGGAGAAGAUCAGUGAUAUAGUGCACAGUAUGUCUACGUUGUUCAACUACCGAUCCGGUAGCUAUUACAGCGAUGCCUUAUUUCUACUAUCCCUCGGAAUGCACCGCAUUGUUGACAGAAACAUGCAACUGGCCAUACUAAUCGAUUGUGAUGUCGUAUUCAGGUCAUCUAUUAAAGAACUGUUUGAUCAAUUUGAAUCUUUCGCACCGGAUCAGCUAUUUGGGUUGGCACCUGAAUUAACACCAGUCUACCGUCAUGUGCUCUCGCGGUAUAGAAUGAACAAUCCGCACACGCUCUUUGGAAGUCCGUAUUAUUUAAAAAAAUUACCGCCUCUGGACGAUGCACCACUGGCUAAGGAAGGCCAUAGCAAAAACUCAAUCCACUCCAGUGUAAGACAACGGUUAGGGUACCCUGGAUUGAAUUCGGGUGUAGUCAUGUUGCAUCUAGAUCGCAUUCGACGAUCACGGUUGUAUGAGGAAAUUAUUAAAGAGAACACCAUUAAAAAUAUGGCUGAAAAGUACUCUUUUCAGGGUCAUCUUGGUGAUCAGGAUUUUUAUACACUGAUGGGUUUCGAAUUUCCAGGAUUAAUUUAUCGAUUAGAUUGCGUCUGGAACCGGCAAUUAUGCACGUGGUGGCGAGAGCAUGGUUACAGUGACAUUUUCGACAGUUACUUUCAUUGCGAGGGAACAGUUAAAAUUUAUCACGGUAAUUGCAACACACGAGCGCCAGAGUAACACAUCAUCUAGAACAGGUGAAUCUUUCCAUCGAUUUGCUUGCUCUUUUCUGGAGGACACGGAAGUUGUUCGCAAUGUUGAUUAUGUUGUCCAUAGGUCUAAUAAUAUUAGGAUAGAAGUAUAGAUCUCAAUCGAAUCAUCUCAUUCUCAUGUACUUACGAUACGGAUGUUUUGUUAACCACAAAUAGUGUCCACAAAUAGUUUGUCAAAUAGUUAUAGCAAAUAAUGCUAACAGUUUUUAAGUCCAUUAACAUUACCAUAAUUGCUCUUCCAGAACAUUCCAGCAAUAUUGUAAUCGUUCUCGCUUAUGUAUGUAACGGUUUUACUAAAAACUACAUCUCAAUUGUGUGCUAUAAAUAUGUGGUUUUGUGUAUUGCAAACACAUCAUGGCAUUUGACACGUUGCAAAAUGUUAAGAAUUUAUUUCUGUUACUAGCUUUCCAGUGUUUAUUUUUGUCUUUGUUUGAGCAAGAGUAAGCGGGUUAUUUAAGUGCAUUCCAUUAUAAAAAAAUGGACGGACUAUGUAAUCAAAUUAAACUAGACAAGUAUAUAAUUAUUAUUGACACUUGUUUCGUCGUUACAUUUCCUUUAUUAGUUUCCAAACAUAACAUAACGAUAAAAGAGUGCAAUAAGCAGUUUCGAAAUACGAUUAUCAUGUCGUCGGCGCAUGGCAAUAAAGUGUGAAUUGAACAAAAGUAUAGAAAACAUAAAGGCAAGAAAAUUCCCCUUUUUGAUAAUAUAGUUUAUUGAACAGAA